AUGGAUGUGAAAUACGAUCUUAUACUUCUCGGAGCAACUGGCUAUACAGGUCAGCUUUUUUUACCGUACAUGGUCAAAAGGUUGCCCGCCGAUCUGAGGUGGGCGAUCGCGGGACGCAACAAGUCGAAGCUUGAAAAUGUUGCGAAUGAAAAUGGGGUUGUUGAGGCGGGUGGAUCUGUUAUUGCGUUGGAUCUUACUUCUCAAUCGGAAAUAACGAAGCUCGCCCGUUCCACACGUGUACUUAUCAACAUUAUUGGACCUUACGCAACAACGUGCGGCUCAAUGGUCUUCAAAGCUUGUGCCGAGAAUGGUAUAUUAUAUGUUGACGGAGCUGGAGAGCCAGUUUGGCGGCAAGAUAUGAUUAAACAAUACCAAGAUGCGGCUGUGGCGUCUGGCGCUCGAAUGGUCAUCACUUGCGGAUGGGGCGCUGUACCUGCAGAUGUCAGCACUUAUCUGGCAGUCGACGCCUUACGGAAGAGCUUCUCGGUACCGACACUAGAGGUUGUUGGGGCAUUAUAUGACAUUAAAGGGAGCGCCAGUGGCGGAGCCAUUGACUCAGUUGUCACGACAAUUGCAAGAAACAGCCUUUCGCGCUUAUUCUCAGCCAUGAAGUUCGACUCUAUUUCCCGAGCAAGGCCAGCGCACGACCCCAAAAUCAAAUCCGCACUGCCCACCAUGAAUAUUUUCGGCGUCCAGACUAUCGACGGCUUAGGGACAUUGGCAACACAUUUUCACGAGCCUGUCGACCUGCCCCUCGUUGGACGCAGCUGGGGCUUGUCCGAGACGGGACCUGAGGCUGUUCCUCAGAUUCACGUUCUGGUGGAAUCAUAA